GUUCCUGCUGGUGUAGAUAUUUUGUUGAAGAGCAGUAGGUCGCCGGGGUGCUGAGAAACUGCCCAUUUUCUCACUUUUCGCGUUUAGGAGAAGGUGGAGAAGAGCUGCUAGGUUGAGGAGGAGGGAGGAGGGAUGGUGGACGUGAAUAAACAGAGGAACAUGGCUGAGGACGGACUCACAGAGCUCCACACUCACAACUCUAUCAACCACAAACAGGACUGCAGUGGGAAUGAUGAGCUGGUCAGCUCCGUGUCUCUGUGCCGCCGCAGACCCACGCUCUUACACGGUACCGUCCUCCCCUACCUGGCCGUGCUUUAUCCCGCCUGGCUGUACGUGUGGGCAGGGCUGUACGGAGUCGCUGAGUAUCCGGAGGCCGGCCUGCUGGCUCUCGCCGCUAUCGGGAUCGCGCACGUCCUCACGGUGUUGUCGGGGUACUGGUCCGUGCACGCGCACUGCUGGCUCACGUGCUCCAAGGAGCCAGAUCCAACAAAGGCCAGUUUGGCUAAAGUAAUCCCCACCCCUAACAACGGUUCUGCUGAGCUGGUACCGCUUCAGAGAGGCAGGGAUGAGAAUGAAGAAGACAUCCUGUCCUUCGAGUUCCAAAAGAUCCGCUAUGUGUUUAACUGGGAAAGGAAGCGCUUUUUACCUGUAGCUUUUCCCGUGGACCAGCUAAUGGGCUAUUUCCAAACAUGGAGAGGCUACCAGGAGGAGGCCGACCUGAAAGCUGCAGAGAAACGUUACGGGACCAACCGUGCUGAGAUGGUAGUGCCUGACUUUCUGGAGCUGUUUAAGGAGAGAGCCACAGCCCCGUUCUUUGUCUUCCAGGUGUUUUGUGUGGGGCUGUGGUGUCUGGAUGAGUACUGGUACUACAGUGUCUUUACCCUCUUCAUGCUUGUGGCCUUUGAAGCAUCUCUUGUGCAGCAGCAGAUGAGGAACAUGUCUGAGAUCCGACGAAUGGGGAACAAACCAUACUUGAUUCAGGUUUACAGGAACAGAAAAUGGAGACCUAUAUCCAGUGAUGAACUCAUAGCUGGUGAUAUCAUUUCAGUUGGACGCUCUCCCCAGGAGAACUUGGUUCCGUGUGAUGUGCUGCUACUUCGGGGUCGUUGUAUUGUGGAUGAAGCCAUGCUUACAGGAGAGUCUGUGCCUCAAAUGAAGGAACCGGUCGAGGAUUUGGACCAGGACAGAAUCCUGGACCUGCAUGCUGAUUCACGGCUGCAUGUGAUCUCAGGAGGAACUAAAGUGGUUCAGCAUAGCCCACCUCUGCGUACCAGCUCAGGCCUUAAACCUGUGGACAACGGCUGUGUGGCAUAUGUGUUACGCACCGGCUUCUACACUUCUCAGGGGAAAUUAUUGCGGACCAUUCUGUUUGGAGUAAAGCGGGUAACAGCCAACAACCUGGAGACGUUUAUCUUCAUUCUCUUUCUGCUGGUAUUUGCCAUUGCUGCAGCUGUGUACGUGUGGGUGGAGGGGACCAAAGACAUGAGUAGGAACAAAUAUAAAUUGUUCCUUGAGUGCACUCUCAUUCUUACGUCUGUCGUGCCACCUGAGCUGCCCAUUGAACUCUCGCUGGCCGUCAACACAUCUCUCAUUGCCCUGGCCAAGCUCUAUGUGUUUUGCACAGAGCCCUUCAGGAUCCCUUUCGCAGGAAAGGUGGAAAUUUGCUGUUUCGAUAAAACUGGAACAUUAACAAGUGAUAGCUUGGUUGUCCGGGGUGUGGCUGGGUUAAGAGAAGGAAAGGAGGUAAUGCCAGUAUCUGACAUACCAGUUGAUACUCACCGUGUAGUGGCUACUUGCCAUUCCCUGGUUACUCUUGAUGAUGGGCAGCUGGUUGGGGAUCCUCUGGAGAAGGCUAUGCUCACAGCAGCUGAUUGGAGCCUCACUAAAGAUGAAAAGGUGUUUCCUCGUUCUAUAAAGACUCCUGGUCUGAAGAUCCAUCAGCGAUUUCACUUUGCUAGUGCUCUGAAGAGGAUGUCUGUACUGGCAUCAUAUGAGAGACUGGGUUCCACUGAACUCUGCUACAUCUCCACUGUCAAGGGAGCACCAGAGACACUUAGGAGCAUGUUUUCAGAGUGUCCAGCCAGCUAUGAUGAGGUGCACAGAGAAAUGUCUCGUGAAGGAGCAAGGGUUCUGGCCCUAGGGUACAAAGAGAUGGGUCACCUUAGCCAUCAGCAGGUACGAGAGAUAAGUCGUGAGGCUCUGGAGUGUGACCUGAUCUUCGCCGGCUUCAUGGUGGUUUCCUGUCCGCUGAAGAGCGACAGCAAGGCCGUCAUCCGAGAGAUACAGGAGGCUUCUCAUCAUGUUGUAAUGAUCACAGGUGAUAAUCCUCUAACUGCCUGUCAUGUGGCCAAAGAGCUUCACUUUAUCCAGAAACAACACACGCUGAUUCUACAGCCUGGACCCAAACAAGGUAAAUGGCAGUGGGAGUCGAUAGACGCCACCGUCAGGGUUCCUCUACCUCCUCCUUCUAUAUCGGACCUGGUUAGCCGUUAUGACCUGUGUGUCACAGGAGAAGGCUUGACCAGGUUGACACUCGACCCUCGAUUGCUUAACGCCCUGCUGCCUCAUGUGCAAGUGUUUGCUCGUGUCAGUCCAAAACAGAAGGAGUUUGUCAUAACCAGUCUGAAAGGCUUGGGCUUCAUUACCCUCAUGUGUGGUGACGGGACCAAUGACGUUGGAGCACUUAAACACGCCCACAUAGGAGUGGCACUGCUAGCCAAUGCACCAGAACGCCUUCCAGAAAAGAAGAAAAAAGGUAAAGAGAAGGAGCCCCCUGUUGGUGAGACCAGGCCCAUGCCUUCACUGUCGAGCUCCAUGAGUAAACCGAGCUCCCGUGGUGCCCGACAGAGACUGAUGGCGCAGAGAGAGGAGCAGCUUGCCGCACAAAAGGAAAGGAUAAGUCAGGUACUACGGGAUCUGGAGGAGGAUCAGCUUCAAGUAGUUAAACUAGGAGAUGCCUCAAUAGCUGCUCCAUUUACUUCCAAACUCUCGUCUAUACAAUGCAUCUGUCACGUGAUCAAGCAGGGCCGUUGCACUCUGGUAACUACACUGCAGAUGUUUAAGAUCCUGGCUCUAAAUGCUCUGGUAUUGGCAUACAGCCAGUCUGUGCUCUACCUGGAAGGGGUUAAGUUUAGUGAUUUUCAGGCCACUCUUCAGGGCCUGUUACUUGCUGGCUGCUUCCUGUUCAUCUCACGCUCAAAGCCUCUGAAAACCCUCUCCAAAGAACGGCCGUUGCCCAACAUAUUCAACCUCUACACGGUUCUAACCGUGCUGCUCCAGUUUGCAGUGCACUUUUGCAGUCUGGUUUAUCUAUACAGAGAGGCACAGACCAGAAGCCCACCCAGAAAAGAGCAGUUUGCUGAUCUGUAUAAAGAGUUUGAGCCCAGUCUGAUCAACAGCACUGUGUACAUAAUGUCCAUGGCCAUGCAAAUGGCUACUUUUGCUAUAAACUACAAGGGCCAUCCUUUCAUGGAGUCACUAACUGAGAACCGUCCCUUGUUGUGGAGCAUUGCUUUUUCUGGACUUGCUAUUAUGGGGCUGCUGACUGGAUCAUCGCCUGAGUUUAAUGAGCAGUUUGCACUUGUGGACAUUCCAACAGAGUUUAAGCUGGUGAUAGCGCAGGUGCUAGUGGUGGACUUUGUAGCUGCAUUGCUGGUGGACAGAGUUUUACAGUUUAUGCUGGGCAAAGGAAGCCUGAGGUUGCCUAACUAAACUGAACUGUCAGUAGUGGCCAAAGUAGCUGUUGCCCCAUGAAAACAGGCUGAGGAAAGGUGCAGUCAUCGAUGGUUGGCUGGCCCUGCGUUACGCGCAGGCAAGCAGGAAUGGACAAGCAAGGCAAUACUGGACUUCAGUGUUCCUGAUCUUUCUGCUCAUUCUCUAUUUUCUUUUAUUUUUAUUUACUAUGACUCGGUACUUUCUUUCUGGUCAGCUACAUGUUCCGUCUAUUUUCAUUCUAACCUCCUCUCCAACCUAAAAGGCCAAGACGAAAGCAGUAUUGUGUGGAGCAAGUGUAUGCGUGUUCAGUGCGUUUGAGUCGCACGACCAAUGGGGCAUUCUCCAGGAGAACUGCAGCAAGAAUUCAUUUUGUUUCUAUUUGUAAAAAUACAGAUGUCUGUCUGACUUAUAAAAGACCAAAAAUCAAAA